GCUGUCACAUGAAGCUGCUCUUUAUUUGUCACCGCAGCUCCGGCGUCUCGCCGGGAUUACUGCAUGCGGUCGGAUGCAAAACGCCUUAGAAUGAGAAAUUCGGAUUUACAUUCAGAGGGGACGAUUCCGGCUUUCUACGUCUUCCAUUUCCAUUUCAUUGAUUCGUUUUAAUUGCGUGUUAAAGGAGCCCGUGUUCGGGUUCUUGAAUGUGGCAUUUGGGCUGACAUCGCCUGGCUGCUCCGCUGUUUGACGUAAAAUAGAAAGCGCGGACGGCAUCAGUACCCAUGGAGACUGCGAGUGCCCCGAUAUGCAGCGCAGUGAUGCUGUUGCAUGGAGACUGAGGAAAACGGCGCAUGUUAAGGUUAAUGCCCCGAAUGACAAGGCGGCUAUUUUAAGCAGGCUGAAUCUGUUCCUCUCUCCGGGCCUCAUCUUGGACGCUCGACUUGUUGAACAACCGUGAUGAUCACGCGCCUGUUUCCAUUCGCACCAGGGACCACGCAACUCUCCAGAGCCGCACCAGAAAACAUGGGAUGGGCCACUGGCACCGGAGACGCCUCACGUCGGUUCACGGCAAACUCUGGGGCGCAGAGUUCGGCUUGAUUUAAAUGAACCCAGGAGUGGACAACAUCUGGCUGUACGAUGCAUUUUACUUCCCCGUAGAUUAUAGUGCAAGAGCCGAAAACACAGCAGCCAUUACAGAGAGACAUCUGAAUGGAAAUAUGGACACCUUCAGUGGAGGAAUUGUGACUCAACAUGUCCAGGAGCUAUGAGCCUGGCCACUCAGUAGGGAUGUUGGCUGCCGUGGAACAUGGUCCCAUCCUCUGCAGCGACUCCAACAUCCUCUGCCUCUCGUGGAAGGGCCGGGUCCCCAAGAGCGAGAAGGACAAGCCGGUGUGCCGGAGGCGCUACUACGAGGAGGGCUGGCUCGCCACGGGCAACGGGAGAGGAGUCGUUGGGGUGACGUUCACGUCGAGUCACUGCAGGAGGGACAGGAGCACGCCUCAGAGGAUCAACUUCAACCUGCGAGGACACAACAGCGAGGUUGUCCUGGUACGAUGGAACGAGCCCUUCCAGAAGCUGGCCACCUGCGACAUGGAGGGAGGGAUCUUUGUGUGGAUCCAGUAUGAAGGACGGUGGUCCGUGGAGCUGGUGAAUGACAGGGGAGCUCAGGUGAGCGACUUCACCUGGUCCCACGACGGCACCCAGGCCCUCAUCGCGUACCGGGACGGCUUCGUGCUGGUCGGCUCCGUGAGCGGACAGCGCCACUGGUCCUCCGAGAUCAACCUGGAGAGUCAGAUCACCUGCGGCAUCUGGACGCCCGACGACCAGCAGGUGCUGUUCGGCACCGCCGACGGGCAGGUGAUCGUGAUGGACUGCCACGGGCGGAUGCUCGCCCACGUCCUGCUGCACGAGUCCGACGGCAUCGUCAGCAUGUCCUGGAACUGCCCCGACUUCCUGGUGGAGGACAGCACGGAGAGCGACACCGACUCCGACGACAGCGUUCUGCCUUUAGUGCGGAGAGUCAAGCCUCUGUUGACAGUGACCUUCCUGUCGGGGGACAUCAGCUUAAUGAACAACUAUGACGACCUCUCUCCUGCCAUAAUUCGCUCGGGGCUGAAAGAUGUUGAGGCCCAGUGGUGUUCUCAGGGAGACCUGCUGGCCGUGGCCGGCAUGGAGAGACACGGGCUCCCUGCUGACUCCGCCUGCGCUUCCAUCAUGAGGAACGCCCUUGUGAAGUUCUAUAACGUCCAGGGGGAGCAUAUAUACACUCUGGAAACGCCCGCACAAAGGCCCAUCACCACCAUCUGCUGGGGCCACCGAGACUCGCGGCUGUUCCUGGCGUGCGGCCCGGCGCUGUACGUGGUGCGCGUGGAGCACCGGGUGGCCAGCCUCCAGCUCCUCUGCCAGCAGGGCAUCGCCAGCGCCCUGCGCGAGGAGAAGGACGUGGGCAAGCUCAACAUGCCGUCGCUGCUCUGCUCCUACGUCACCACCGCCUUCAUACCCACCAUCAAGCCCCCGAUCCCUGACCCCAACAACAUCCGCGACUUCGUGAGCUAUCCCACGGCCGGGAACGAGAGGCUCCACUGCACCAUGAAGCGAGCGGAGGACAGCCCGGAGGCCGGCGGGCCCUGCUACACCCUCUACCUAGAAUAUUUAGGAGGGCUUGUGCCCAUUCUCAAAGGAAGGCGCAUCAGUAAGCUGCGGCCCGAGUUUGUCAUUAUGGACCCCAAAACAGACAGCAAAGCAGAGGAGGUGUGUGUUAAUCCCAUGAUCUCGUACACUGACAGCUGCAACUGUUCAGACUCCAGUGACAUUGAGUUGAGCGAUGAGUGGGUCGGGAAGAAGUCCCCAAAGUUGUCCAGAGGAAACAGGAUGAACAUGGAUUCAAGAAAAUCCCCCAAACUUUCACGUGCCAAUCAGGAAGGGCAGCGGUCACCACGGUUACCGUCAAAGAAGCCGCCGGUUCGAUCUCCGAGUCUGACACGGCGGGAGUUUUCUAUGGAUGGACUCACAGAGCACAACUACCUCGCUCAAGUCACAUCCAACAUCUGGGGGACAAAGUUUAAAAUCGUUGGACUUGCUUCUUUCCUUCCCACCAACCUCGGUGCAGUUAUCUACAAGACCAGUUUGCUUCAUUUGCAACCACGACAGAUGACGAUCUACCUUCCAGAGGUGCGAAAGAUUUCUCAUGACUUCAUGAGCCUCCCUGUGUUUAACCCCAAUGUGUUCAGUGAAGAUGAGGAUGACUUACCAGUGAUGGGCCCGUCUGGUGUAGCAGGAGACAAUCCUCCCUGCACAGUCAACAUUCCUAUUGCUCCGAUCCACAGCCCAGCUCAGGCCAUGUCCCCCACUCAGAGCAUUGGCCUGGUUCAGUCUCUGCUGGCCAAUCAGAACAUCCAGCUGGAUGUUCUGACCAACCCUACAGCCACCGCAGCGGCGGCCGCGGCCGUGGCCGCGGCGGCCGCCUCCGUCCCCGUCAGUGAUCACAGCCAGGAUGCGGUGGCGUCGCCGUACCCCGUUCCAGCCAGAUACUCCAACCCUGGCCAGGUGAUCUUCAACAGCCUGGACAUGAGUCCGCUUCUCCCCGGUACCCUACCACCCCCGCCUCCACCUCACCAUCUCCCACCGCAGCCCCACUCCCAGCGGCCGCAUUCACAGCAGCCUCGCCAGCAGCAGUCGAAACAGUCCCAACAAAUGCAGACGCAGCAGAAAAUGCAUCAUCAUCAUCAACAGCAACAGCAACAACAGCAGCUGCAGCAGCACCAUCAUCAGUCCCAAUCGCAGCAGCAACAGCAGCUACAGCAACAACAGCAACUACAACAGCAACAGCAUCAACAGCAACUACAGCAACAACAGCAUCAACAGCAACAACAGCAUCAACAACAGCAACAACAGCAUCAACAGCAACAACAACAACUACAGCAUCAACAGCAACAACUACAACAACAGCAACUACAGCAUCAACAGCAACAACAACAGCUACAACAACAACAGCAACUACAGCAUCAACAGCAACAACAACAACUCCAGCAGCUCCAGCAACUGCACCACCAGCAGACGCUGCUUCAACAGCAACAGCAACAACAACAACAACAGCAGCACCAGGUUCAGCAGCACCAACAAAUGCAACAAGGGCAGCAGCCGGUGACGCCGCAACAACUCCAGCACCAACAGCAAAUCCAACAGCAGCAGCAGCAGAUGCAGCUGCAGCACGAGCAGAUGCAGCAGCAGCAGCAGCAGAUGCAGCAGCAGCAGCAGCAGAUCCGCCAGCAGAUCCAGGAGAUGCGGCAGCAGCAGCAGCAGCUCCAGCAGCAGCACCAGCAGAUCCAGCAGCAGCACCAGCAGAUGCAGAGGCAGCACCAGCAGAUGCAGCAGCAGCUGAAGAUGCAGAUGUCGCUGCCGCCUCCUCCGUCAGGGUACCCCACCAUCUCCUUACAGCAGAUUCACCUGUUGCCCCAAAUCCCCCCACCCGCCACUGAGCCGGGGCUGGACCGGGCCGAGCACGGGCACACUCUGAAGCCAAGUCUGCCCCGGACUCUCCCGCCGUCCUUCGGCGACAGGGACGGGUCUGUGGAGAUCCAGAUGAGGAAGGUGAAUCCCCCACCUCCGUACCCAGGCACCGUCGUGUCUGCUGCUGCUGCAGCUGCUGCUGCUUUGCCUCAAACUCUGGUCACAAACUGCGACAGCCCCAGCGUCCUGGCCCCCGACCCCUGUCUGAAGAAAGACGAGUUCCUGCUCCACCCUGUCACCUUACAGUACCCAACCCCUCUGGGGUACGAGAGGAUCACAACCUUUGACAGCAGUGGCAACGUGGAGGAGGUUUGCCGCCCACGCCGGCGUCUCAUUCGCAAUCAGAACGCGUAUGCUGUUCACGGCAUCGGGGGCUCGGCCACACUCAAGGUCACCUCGUCCGACAGCAAGAAGAUCCAGCUUCCGUACAGCUCUGCGACCCUGAGCCGCCUCUCCGUCCCUCGGUACUCCAUCCCAAGCGGAGACCCUCCUCCCUACCCCGACCCGGCCAAUCAGGUCCCCGCCACGCUUCCUCCCCCCCAGAGAGUGGACAGCAGCCUGAUCCACGCCACCCUGCGCCGCGACCGCAAGGACGCGGGCCUCAAGGUGCCGCAGAUGACGGAGAGCUCGCGCACUCUCCCCACGAAGGCCAAGAUGAGCAACGCGCUGGCCGUCGCCUACCAGCAGAGGAUGCCCACCGCGCUGUACACGUGCACGCAGUGCAGCAGCAACAGCAGCAGCACCAGCGUGAGCGUCAGCGGCGGCGGCACGUCCAGCAGCGGCAUCGCCGGCGGCACCGUGGUGCGGCAGGACUUCCCGCCGGGCAAGGGGGCGCACCACAGCACCAUCAUCGUGCACUCCAAGAGCGCCUCGCCGCUGGCCUCCCAGUCGUCCUACAGCCUGCUGGGCGCCGUGGACGGCGGGCGCGACAGAACCGUCUACGUUAACUCCGCCUUCACCGAGGACGAGACGCUGAGUCAGCAGUGCCACCUGGAAAAAUCGGUGCGUCAGCUGACUCUGGGCGACGUCGGGCUGACGGUGAAGCGUCCUCCGCCUUAUCAGUGGGACACCUCCACCACGGAGGACUUCUGGCUCACCCCCGAGCAGGCAAUGAUGCCUCCCCCGCCGGGACCCCAUAAGCCGCCACCACCGCUCAUUAUCAGCCAAGCCCAGCACUUGGACGUGACCCGACUCCCUUUUGUCCUCACAACCAAACCUCCGGCUAGUCCCAGCACGAGCACGCUCACCUUCCCAUCGGGGUACCAGAUAUCCCUGGCACCCUUCCCUCCAGGUGUGGGUCACAGCGGGCCCCCCCUCCAGACCUUACAGAACCCUCCACCCCAGUGCCCUCCAAAUGAAGUGGUCACUUCGGUCCCCUUUGCUCAGCAGGACCCCAAUCUGGUCCUGCCGCCAGGCUACGCUCCCAACCUUGCCAAUUUGGCCUGCUGCCCCCUUCCUCCCAUGUAUCCAGGCGCCAGCUCGUGUGCCGGGCUCCAGCUUCACCCCGUCAGUCUUCACCCCUGGAACCCUUACCCCUGCCCACCCCCGAUGCAAGACCCCCCCGCGCCGCCCCUGCCUACCAAAACCCACCAGAUCCUAGAGAAGCCGAUCCUCUCCCCUCCUCCUCCGACGGCGCCGCCUCCUCCACCCCCUCUCCCUCCUCCUCCACCGCCGAGCGAGCUGCCGCCGUCCAAAAGUGCCACCGAGGAUUUAGCCGAGUCCGCGAACAACUUUCCGGAGCCGUCGUCGCUAAACGAAAGUCCCGUGCCACAGGAGUCAGAGCGCUUCAACAAGAAGAGCCGCAAGCGGCUGGACAGCAGAGCGGAGGAGGCCAACAUGCCCACCGUCGCAGAGGGAAGAUCUAGAAAGGAAGGGCGGGCGCUCUCCGACUUCAACAGCCUCAUCUCCAGCCCGAGGCUCGGCAGCAGGGAGAAGAAGAAGCCCAAGGGGCAGAGGGAGCAGCUCAAUAAGACCAAGAAGAUGAGCAGGACCACGAACGAGUUCCAGGACAGCUCGGAGAGCGAACCGGAGCUCUUCAUCAGCGGCGACGAGCUCAUGAACCAGAACCAGAGCAGCAAGAAGAGCUGGAAGAACAAGCGCAGCCUGCGCAUGGCAAGUGAGCUGGAGGAGAUCAAAUGCCGCAAGGCCAACGAGAGGGAGGACCGCAGCCUGGGCAGCCAGGGCUUCGUUUACGUGAUGGCCAACAAACAGCCACUGUGGAACGAGGCCACCCAGGUCUACCAGCUGGACUUUGGGGGACGCGUCACGCAGGAGUCAGCCAAGAAUUUUCAGAUAGAGCUGGAUGGUAGACAGGUGAUGCAGUUCGGCCGAAUAGAUGGGAAUGCCUAUAUUUUGGAUUUUCAGUAUCCUUUCUCAGCAGUUCAGGCGUUUGCUGUCGCCCUGGCCAACGUAACGCAGAGGCUGAAAUGAGCUUUCACUUAGUGCUGCUGUAGGCCACAUUGAGAAGAAGCCACGGGUUUGACUGUGGGCCCGAGUGUGAGGCUGCCGGAGGGACGAGGCCAACGCCACAGACCGGGACCGGUUGCUCUUGCACAUGCUUAUAAUGUACAAUCAGCCUGUUGGAGGCAGAGUCUUAGUUAGUGGUGAUGAAAUCAACAUUAAUCCAUAGUAUCUGGUUAUUAUUGAAUGUAUUCAAGCUAUUUUCUAUUAUUAUUUAAAUGUUAACCACUAGAAUAAAGAUAGUUUUCCUGGAUAAUCAAAAGGUUCAAACAGUAACAGGUUGCAGUAAUGAAAAGUGCCAAAGACACAUCCCACUUGUGGCCAAUGAAGCUAUUUAUGUCUGUGAAGGAGUAGUGAAGGAAGAUCUAUUUACAUUUGUAGAUUUAUGAAGAUAGUAGUGAUAUGAAUUGCAAAUUAUAAAUCUCUAAGAAAGACCACAUAUGAAUUUACACUGCACUGUUUGGUUUUAGGUAAUUGGGUAAAUAGGCUUUUGCUUAGCUUUUGUGUAAACAUGUUGCUUUGAACAUGCAUUAAAAUGAUUGUUGAUUUUGUAAUAGUGGCAUGAAGAGCAGCGUAAAGAGAACCGUAGUUUGUAUAUUUUCUAUCCAUGUUACUUCUAUGAAGUGGUGCAACAAACAUAGUAAAUCACGUUUUUAAUCCACACUGCAAAUCACCCUUCACAGCCACCGUAACCUCACAGCACAUUCGUUGUAUGUGCUGCUGUUGUUUUGUACGGUCCCCCUAAAUUACAGUAUGAUGAUGCCGACUGGCCGGUGAAGGUCCAGUGUGUCUUCAUGUGCCAAAUAACAAAAUAGGCCUCUCAUGAUCAUCUGACUCAGACACAAAAUCCCUUUUGUACAGUAAAGAUGGAGAUUGUCUCCGUGCGCCUCUCUUGGUUGACCCCGUGUUUGUUUAUGAUGCUACUUGAAAACUGCAUUUGAAUGUGAAGUACAGUAGUUUGCCUAUUUGGAAAUAAGUGCUGCUUUCGAUAGAUAGCUAGAGCUUGUGUGCAAUAAUGCUCCGUACCUAGAACCGAUGUUGUACUGGCAAAUGAAAAAAUAAUGCUGCUUGCACUGUGUACUUCGUAAGUGACCUGACAUCAUUAUGCGCUUCAAAAAUCUGUGUAUACAUUGCUAAUCUCAGUGAUUUCGUAUUUCACUUUUACUUUAACAUGGUAAUGAGUUUUUUGAUGUAACAUCUGUAAAAACAGUGGAAACAACAAACUUGAUAAGAGAUUAAACGCAACACAUUCAGACAUACGAGUGACACAUGUAGGUUUGGUGCUAAUGUAUAAAGAAAAGCAUAAACAUUGAAACAUCUGUUCAUUUGUUAUUAAAACUUUGUUUUGACGAGAAAAUAGUUUGAGAGGAGGUCUUGGAAAUUCAGCGGAGCGUCUUCUUUUAACGCAGCUUUGUCAGAUUAUCAGCAAUACUGCCCUAUGAAUAGAUGGUCGCCUGAUUUCUUUAAUUUUGUGGGGGGAAGCUAAAAUGACACAAUUAUGGGCUGAUAAAAUAAUAAAAAUAUAUUGUUCCA